AUGUUUUUCACGGCGAAUGCACCGCCUAUGUUCCCACUCGUGAUCUCGUAUCGAAUACACGAGGCUGCGACAGAAAAGACAAAAAGUACAGGCUGCUGCACACCAGUAACGGUGGCAGCGCCGGCACCGCCGCCACCAUCACCGGCGAAGACAGCGGCACCGCCGCCACCACCACCGGCGAUGACAGCGGCACCGCCGCCACCACUGGCGAUGACAGUGGCAUCGCCACCACCACCGGCGAUGACAGUGGCACCGCCACCACAACCGGCGAUGACAGUGGCACUGCCACCAUCACCGGCGAUGACAGUGGCACCGCCACUACCACCGGCGAAGACAGCGGCACCGCCGCCACCACCACCGGCGAUGACAGUGGCACCGGCACCACCACCGGCGAUAACAGUGGCACCGGCACCACCACCGACGAUGACGGCAGCACCGCCACCACCACCGACGGCACCGACGAUGACGGCAGCACCGCCACCACCACCGACGAUGACAACGGCACCGCCACCACCACCACCAGGAACGGUGAUUAUGAGAAAGGAACUUGAUUUUGAUAAAUCUGACAUUAGUACUCUUACCGAAGUAGAAUUAAAAGAAAUUGCAUUAAAAUACUACGAACUACUAAAAAAACCAAAAGCUAUUGAUUUAAAUGAUUUAUCUACUAAUGCGGUAAAGGAUUUUCAGUUAGCUAAAAAUAAGGAAACUUUAAAAGAUGACGAAAAAAAUAAUAAAGACGAAGAAGAUGAUGCAACAGAUAAGAUAGAUGAAAACGAUGAGAAUAAAUAUACUGCACAUGAUUCACAUCUUAUCGAUGAUAUGAAAGAUGAUGAUGAUCAACUUUUAGGACGAAGCUUACAUAGAGCAACUCAUGUGGCUCGAAAAUUACUGAAAGGAGUUUUUCAAAAAGAAGCUUUGCUGAAAUGUACAUUUAGUGGUCAAUCACCACGUCACAUGGGUAAAGAUCAUCAAAUACUAGAUGUAUCCUGUUUACAUGAUGUAGCAAAACAUGCCAUAAUAGGUUAA